GGAAAAAUGGCGACUUUACUGUUCUUACUGCUCUCUUGUUCAUCAGUAAUUGUUCUGUCACGCCCCAUUCAGCUCAACAAUGUUUCGGACGAACAAGCUCUGUUGGCAUUCAGAGCAGGUAUCACUGUGGAUCUAUAUAAUUCAUUAAGCAAUUGGAAUUCCACACAUCCAGUCUGCAAUUGGACCGGAGUGAAAUGUUCCACACGCAGACAGCGAGUCGUGGAACUCAAUCUUACAGGUAUGUCGCUGCAAGGCUCCAUCUCGCCUUUUCUGGCUAAUAUUUCCUUUCUUCGCGUGCUUGACCUCAAUAACAACACCCUGAGCAGGCCAAUUACCCCUGAAUUGGGAAAUCUUGCUCGCUUAAGGAACCUUCGCCUCUCCAAGAACAGAUUAGAAGGCUCUGUACCCUCCACGUCUAGCAAUUGUCGCUUUCUGGAAACAUUCUCUGUUUUUCGCAAUCGUUUGAGUGGAGGCAUUCCUUGGGAGAUAGGGCUUCUCACAGGCUUACAAAUGCUCUGGCUUUCAGAUAACAAGCUGACAGGCCUCAUUCCGUCUUCCUUGGGAAACUGUUUCUCGUUGAGCGUAUUGUCUCUGAGUAAUAACAGGCUCAGAGGUUCCAUUCCUCCCGAAUUGGGCAUGCUUUCCCAACUCAACACGCUACGCCUUCGUCAUAACCAUCUUACAGGACAAAUUCCUCCCUCCCUCUCUAAUUGCACUCCUCUGCAAGACUUGGAGCUUCACAACAAUAGCUUGUCUGGCCAUAUUCCCUGGGAGUUUGGUGCCAAACUGUCUCAAUUGCAGAAUCUGCUUCUAUGGGGUAACAGGCUGACUGGUAGAAUCCCAAUUUCUCUUUCUAACUGUACCCAACUCAAAAUUAUUGACCUGAAAGUCAAUCAACUAAAUGGCACGGUUCCAAUGGAGUUUAGUCAAUUAGGUAACCUUGAGCGCCUCUUUCUAGGAACAAACAGGCUUGUGAGUGGCAGCAGCAAUACUUUACUCAGUCUCUCUGCAUUGUCUAAUUGCUCUCUUCUUGAACUGAUACACUUGGGUGAAAAUGAGCUUACUGGCACUCUGCCACCAUCGAUUGAUCUCCUUUCUUCCAAGCUGUAAUCCCACCACAAAUUGCCAACCUGAGUAAUUUGAUAUUCCUCAAUUUAGAGGGGAAUUUCUUCAAUGCAUCUAUUCCUUCAUCAUUGAGGAGGCUUGCAAAAUUGGAACGGUUGUUCCUAAGAAAAAACAGUCUACAGGGAAAUAUCCCAACAGAAAUUGGUUAACAUACCAAGAUUAGGUCUCAUGUCUUUAUACCAAAAUCAGCUCUCUGGCUCAAUUCCCCCUUCUUUGCGCCACCUGCAACAGCUAAGAGUGUUAUACCUUCAUCAAAACAAGCUUUCAGGAGAAAUUCCUCCUAGUCUAGGGGACUGCCGACUGUUGGAAGUGAUUGAUUUGUCUUACAACAAUCUGAGUGGAGAGAUCCCACCAGAGCUAGCUGCUCUUCCUAAUCUGCAGUUGUAUUUCAACUUGUCGAACAAUUUAUUACAAGGCUCCCUGCCACCAGUGAUUGACAAGAUGACAAUGGUGCAGGCCAUAGAUGUUUCUUCAAAUUUAUUAGUGGGUUCAAUACCUAGCACAAUUGGAAGCUGCACAUCAGUACAAUACCUUAUACCAAAAUCAGCUCUCUGGCUCAAUUCCCCCUUCUUUGCGCCACCUGCAACAGCUAAGAGUGUUAUACCUUCAUCAAAACAAGCUUUCAGGAGAAAUUCCUCCUAGUCUAGGGGACUGCCGACUGUUGGAAGUGAUUGAUUUGUCUUACAACAAUCUGAGUGGAGAGAUCCCACCAGAGCUAGCUGCUCUUCCUAAUCUGCAGUUGUAUUUCAACUUGUCGAACAAUUUAUUACAAGGCUCCCUGCCACCAGUGAUUGACAAGAUGACAAUGGUGCAGGCCAUAGAUGUUUCUUCAAAUUUAUUAGUGGGUUCAAUACCUAGCACAAUUGGAAGCUGCACAUCAGUACAAUACCUUAUACCAAAAUCAGCUCUCUGGCUCAAUUCCCCCUUCUUUGCGCCACCUGCAACAGCUAAGAGUGUUAUACCUUCAUCAAAACAAGCUUUCAGGAGAAAUUCCUCCUAGUCUAGGGGACUGCCGACUGUUGGAAGUGAUUGAUUUGUCUUACAACAAUCUGAGUGGAGAGAUCCCACCAGAGCUAGCUGCUCUUCCUAAUCUGCAGUUGUAUUUCAACUUGUCGAACAAUUUAUUACAAGGCUCCCUGCCACCAGUGAUUGACAAGAUGACAAUGGUGCAGGCCAUAGAUGUUUCUUCAAAUUUAUUAGUGGGUUCAAUACCUAGCACAAUUGGAAGCUGCACAUCAGUACAAUACCUUAAUCUAUCACA